AUGGAUAAUUAAGCAGAAGAGUUGUAAUAAUAAGAGAAAGAGCAAGGAGUUGAAGAAUAAGAGGAUAAGUAAGGAAAUCAACUAAGUAAAAACUAAAUAAGGAAUCAGAAGAAAAAGGAGAAGAAGAAAAAGCUAAAGGAGCAAAAUCAAGAGAUGAUUUAGUAAGUGGAAGAAGAAAUAAAAGCAAAAUUGAAUUUGCCUGAAGCUGAAUAGACAGAUCUUGAAAUAGCAUGGUGCAUAAAGCAAAUAAAAUUGGGAUUGACAUAAAAGUUGACUCCUGAAGAGAUAAAAAUAUCUAUGUCGAUGAUUGAAUUAUUGGAAAGCGAUUAAGUUCCACUUGUAAAGAAGAGAAUGACAAUGAAAUCUAGUUUCGGUGACUAUAGAAAACUAAUGAAAUAAUAUAAAUGAAUUAAUAAUUAUUAAUUUUGGUUAUAAAA